AUGCCGCCGAAAGAACAGCUCGUCAUCACCGCCGAGGAGGAAGCCAUCAUCAAACAAAAAAUUAUCGAACAAACGGCGACGCUGCAACCCGGGAAGGAUUACCCGCUCCGCAAGCUCGUCAAGACCUUUUUUGCGUUGAACGAUGCGAUCGAUGCCGGUGGCGAGGGCCUGGACGCCGCUCAGGAGGCGUUUUUGACGGAAUUAGACACGUAUGAAUUCAGCAUGGGACGGUACUCGACCGUCGUCGCGGCGAAUCGAACACAGAUGGAAUCGUACGACGACGAAGAGGAGGCCUUGGCGGCAAAGACGCGAGAGUUAAAGUCUCAGGACGCGGAGUUGAAGGGCAAGUUACACGAAACGGUGCGGGAACGGGCGUUUCGAACGGCGCGCGACGAAGCCGUGCGGGCGUGCGGCGAGUACCCGAGUCGAGCGGAGAGCGCGUCCAUCGCGGAGGGCCUCAAAAAGGCGAUCGCCGAAGAAACCGCGCAUCUCGGCGAGUUGGACGUCGCCAUCGAGCGCAAAAAACGGUGUUACGCGCUGCUGUUGAAGGUCAUAGACGACGCCUCGCGCGCGUGA